AUGGACAUGAUAGUCAAAGCUGUCACUGUUGCCCACUGUCGCAGCCUGCGAACCGCCUCCGAAGCAUGGACGUGCGUCUGCUCUCUGAUAAGGUGGCGCGCAGCGCGCCUGCCACCGAGCACCACUCCCAAAUACAACGCCUACCCUGCAGGACCACCCACCAAGUUGUCCACACUCAACCCGAGUGACAUUGUGAAAAAGCACAAUGAUCUGAGAAGAAAUGUUCGGCCUACUGCCAGCAACAUGUUGGGCAGUAGGCCACAGAGCUGGAGCAGCGAGGCUGCAGCCAACGCUCAGAAAUGAGCCAACACCUGCUCCAUGAACCACAGCCCUGACAGCACCAGAGUGAUCAGCUCUAGCGGCUGUGGAGAGAACCUGUACAUGUCCUGCUCCCAGGAGCCCUGGAGCAACGCUAUCCAGGACUGGUACGACGAGGUGCAGAACUGGCGCUACGGAGUGGGAUCUACCAACGGACGAGUGGUCGGACAUUACACACAGGUUGUUUGGUACAGGUCCAACAAGGUUGGCUGUGGUGUGGCGUACUGUCCCAACCCUCAGUACAAGUACUUCUACGUCUGCCAAUACUGCCCACCCGGAAACUUCCAGUACGCUCGCCCCUACAAAUCAGGACCCUCCUGUGGUGACUGCCCCAAUGCCUGCAACAACAAACUCUGCACCAACCCCUGUCCCUACGCUGAUAAGUACAGCAACUGUCCUGAUCUGAAGCAGCAGCCGACCUGCAGUAACGCAGACGUGGCAUCUUGGUGUCUCGCCUUCUGCAGGUGCACCUCUCAGAUCAUUUACUUGUCCUCAUGGGCUCUGACAUAUCA